AUGCCGAUCGGGACAGGAGUAAGGCCGGGAGAAAAUGUUAAGCUUACUUCUUGGAAAAGCCCUUCUGAUCCUUCACCCGGAAGGUACAGUGCUGGUUUUGGUACUCUGACAUUGCCAGAAAUUUUCAUCUGGGACAACGAUACGACAGUUUGGAGAAGCGGCCCAUGGAAUGGUCAGAGGUUUAUCGGGUCUCGGGAUGUGGAAUCUGCCGAUCUCUCCAUGUAUGAGUUAACUUUCAGCAAUGACAAUCAAGGUUCGGUCUCCUUGUCGUUUGACAAUGAUACCCUAAUGUACCAUUUUGUCUUGGAUUCUCAAGGAACCCUACUCCAGAGAUCCUGGAGCAGUGCUAAUCAAGAUUGGACCGUCGGUUACAAUGUUCCAUCGACCAAGUGCGAUGUUUAUGGCAAAUGUGGCCAAUUCGCGAGCUGCAACCCCCGGAAAAAUCCUCUUUGCGAAUGCAUUCAAGGGUUUGAACCGAAGAAUGAUACAGAGUGGAAUAAAGGAGACUGGACUAACGGAUGCAAAAGAAGGGUCCCGUUGCAGUGCGAAAGAGAAAACAGUAAUGGAGGUCGUGGAGGCGGAGGCGAAGGCGAUGGAUUCUUGAGGCUGCGGAAGACGAAAGUGCCCUUCUCCCCUCAGCGGUCUGAAGGCAAUGAAAACGAGUGUCGAAGGAGUUGUCUGCAGAAUUGUUCUUGCACUGCUUAUGCUUAUGAUACAGGAUUACGUUGCUUCCUCUGGAGCGGAAGCUUAUUAGACAUGCAGAAAUUUUCGAGGAAUGGCGUCGAUCUUUACGUGCGGCUAGCGGGAUCAGAAUUCGGUAAGUACAUAUACAAUUCACAUUCAUUUCACUCCUUUCGAUAUGCUUUCAGUUUACGAUCAAUUUGGGUUUCUUUUUUCUUGUUAAAAUCUCUCGCAGAUACUCCAAACAGUCGGCCAAUUAUAAUCUCAAUACCCGUGAUAGGCGCUGCAUUUAUCCUUGCGGUGUGCAUUCUUUUAGCACUCCGGCAAAUCACGGGGCGUAGAGAGAAUGAGAGAAAUGCAAAGCUAUUGUUUGAGAGGAUGGUGGCUUUAACCAGUGGCGAUUUAACCGGCAGCAACUAAGGUGGCUAUUUAUAGCCAAACGUCCGAGCAAUG